AUGGGUGGAGACAAAUCCUGCUCCAAAAUUCAGUCACACACACUGACAACACAAGCCAGCCUAACCCAGGCAGCAGCUACUACAGGCCGGGAAAACCUGGACAUUAUCGGGGUCAGUAAGUUGUUAAGGUCCCGUACAGUACAAUUGGAGCAGUUUGUUUACGUUAGAAAACAAGAGAGAUGAGUCAGGCGGAGCAGCAGGUGCCCGAUGACAUGCCUGCAUACCUUAAAGAUGAGCCAGAAGCUACAGAGAACAAGGACCACCCACAGACACAGCCGGGCAUGUUCGGCAGGGUGGCAGGCGGUCUGUAUGGUGUCACCAAAGGAGCUGUGGGAGCCACGGUUGGCGGUGUGACCUGGUUAGGGGGAAAGAGUCUGGACCUAACCAAGACCGCUGUGUGCUCUGUCGCUGCUGUGCCUGCGAUGGGCGUGGGGCUGGUAAAAGGGGGAGUGUGCGCUGUAGCUGGAGGAGUAACUACUGUUGCCUCUGCAGUGGUCAGCAGAGUUCCCAUAGGAGGAGGAGGAGGCAAAAAGAAGGACAAGUCUGACUGAAGAGGAGAAGGACGUGUGUGAAUGCACACAGCUGAGGUGUAUGGCUCACACUGUGAACGCCUGUUUUUUAGCAUUUAUGAGAAGGAAAGGGGCGACAAAGGACUCAAAAGUUCAGUGUGCACACAUUUGGUGAGGGUGAUUUUUUUUGUCUUUAUUUUUUUUAAUUUUUCCAUGUGACUCUUGGUACACCCAGGUUCAUUUGGUUAUGCAGCGAGGACCUGCAAAGCAAAAGGAAAACUCACCAAAUGAUUAUCACCCGUGCCUGAAGUUUUUCUAAUAAAAUAUUCCAUGUUUCAUUUUAUUCAUAAUAUGCCACACCAUUGUUCCCACUGCAAGCUGUUGUAUUUUUUCAGCUAAGUUUACUUCAGUGCCAGAGAAGGAAGUGUUGAUGCACUUAUUUCACUUGCAAGACAAUCAACUGAUGAAUUAUGAAAUGUAACUGACAAGGACCUGUUUCAUAGGGAUUGGGAAUAUAUUUCACAUGGGGGGGUCAGAAAGUGUUUACAGUGUUAUUAAGACUUUUCCAGACAAACACAUCUGAUAUAUACGAUGUCAUUUGAAAAGUGCAUUCAGGUUUAAUAUCUAAACUGCCUGCUGGAUGUGGGGGUGUAGAUAUUCCUCUUGUUAAUUUAUGUGAUCAUUUUUAAAUUCCUCUGAAUUCAAAUCAUCCUCUGGUGGUUCUUUUCUCAGCUUGGUGGAACUGCAAUCAUGCUUUGGAUACAGAAUCACGUUAAAUAAAUAAAUAUUUCUUUCUACAUCUUAAAA